AUGUAUCUUAGUGGCCCCCCAGGGCUCGCGAUAGUUCUGAUUUGGUUAACAGCUUUGCUGCAGCUGGUGACCUCUCUCCCAGACGUCGAUGUCUCUACCCGUUUCCGCGUGGAGGAGGGCGAGAAGGGACAAGAUGGCUACUACGGCGGCAGCUGCAAGGAUGUGGACAUGGACCUGAACGCCAUCUACCAGGAGGCUAUUGAUAUGGCUCAGGUGGCUAAGGAUGCCAUGGACAACUACUCCAAGGAUGACCAAGUUCGGAAAAUGCUCAAGAACUUCUUUGGCAUCACCGAGGACAAAAGCACUCAUAAAGUCAAAGAUGGUCAGGACCGGUUCGAUUUUGUCAAGAGUGUGUUCGAGAUUAUCGUUAGCGACUCCAAGAAGAAACACGAUGACACAACGCCAUCGCUAUUCUGUGAUAGUGACUGGCGGUUCUCCACAUCCUGGCUAUACGACACCGACACAGGAAAGAAAACCGACAAAACACUGAGAGAAGACGGAAAACCCCAUGUCUUGUACUGGGCACCCUUCUUCAAGACCUAUACAGGAACUAAAGAAGGCUGCAAAGAUAAGAAAUUGGCCUUUGCGUUCCAAGGUGACGCCUCUUCUAUUACAAUUUGUCCUUACAGCCGGAAUAUGCCCAAGCGAAAAGACUCCCUCUCGGCAUGGCAUACAGGCGAGACUACGAUCACCAAGAGGGCUUCGUUGUUGGGGGCUCUGUCCACGCCGGGUACAUUCCUACACGAAUUAACGCAUCUUUUAACACAUGGCGACGACCACGUCAUCGACGAACAAGUCACCUGGUGGUCGAACUACGACUGGGACAACGCGCCAAUUGACGAAUCCUCGGACGAUGACAUGAGUGACAGCGAAGACGACGAUGAUGACUCGGAGAAAGACCAAUGCGACAAACAAAAAUUCGUGGCAUACACCCCGCGGUUCUGUGGUCUGCUAGCCAGGAAAUACCCGUACAUGGCCAUCAAGAACGCCGAUAGUUACCGCUGGUUCGCGACGGCCAUGUACAUCCGCCAAUGCGACUGGUCGACGAUGUACUGCAAGCUGAAGGGCGAUUAA